GUUUUAAAUACAGAAAAGUGUCUUUAAAAGCAUUCACAAAGGUUCUGUAUCAAUCCUAAAUUUAAUCACAAAAGAGUCAUUAUUAACAAAAAUGAAGAUGGUUUAGGAGACUUCAGAUCCCUACAGCUUAUUAGAGAGAAAAUACAGAGUUUUGAUAUCUUUGCUGAGGCACCACCUAGGUUUAAUCACUACAGUGUAAUUAAAUCAUUGAAGCCCUAGCAUGUCUUUGAAAUGAGAAGAAAAUAAUUUUUUCCCACAGUAAAGAAAGGUAUGGUUCUCAAACCCACAAAUGAAUGUGUAAAGAGUGCUCAAUCCCCUUGAACUCAGCAGUGCUGAGAGCUUUCCUAAAAUUCCUUAUGCCUGUAUAGAUGAGGCCUCAGCUUGAGAUAAGUUAUUUUGUUCCAAUCUGCAGGAAAAAGUCUGGAAGUUUCAAACUAGUGAACUGAUAGAACCUGAUUUGGUUAAGUUUAAAGUCUAAAAAUAACAGUCUCUUAGAAGGUAAAAAAUUAUUUUUUGACACAUUAUUUUCCUCAGAAUUUCUUCUGUUUCUUGUUAAAAUGUGAGAAAGGAAAUGGUAUGCUUAUAAAUUCUACUUGUAUUUUAAAUUUAUAACCUAAAUCUGACAAUGCUGACAUGAGCAGAAAUUCCUCAUGCCUUCCAGGUUUGCUUUUUGAGUUCAGCUCUCAAACUGAUCCAUCGUUUUAGUGUAGAUACCAAAUUAACCCAGAUGAUACAGUUCAGAGGUCAUACAAGUUUCUAUAAUUGGAUAUUUUUGAAAAAAAAAUUAUUUCCGUAUUUACGGGUGUAGUUGUGGCACUGCUUUGCAAUGAAGCAGAGGAAGCUUCAAAAUGAGACAGAGGAGGGCGGGAGGCAUGGUGAGCUGUGAGCUCUCAGGUUUAGGCAGGAUGAACAUUCCUGCUCAAGGAGACUCUGCAGGAAGGGGUCGGUGUAAUCCACACCCUCUCCUUUCACUGUUGGAAGCACAGACCCUUUCACUGUUUUGAGUUCAGCAGCAUUUGAGCAUUACUGAAGGACUGGGAGAAACCACUAAUAACAAAGAAAAUAUAAACCUAAAAAGUAGAUUUGUUUUCCUAAGUCUGACCUUAGGUCAGGAGGAGAUGAAAAAUAAUACGAAAAUUAUACGAAAUUAACUGUGGCACAUCAAGUGAGAUCCAGCAGAGCCAGUGAGCUGGGAAGUUUCAAGAUUUCAAUUUGAAUUUUAUAAACUGCGCAGCGUGGAUGUGUCGGGGGAUGCUGGAGACGCCUCGUUUUUAAGUUCCGUGCGGACGAGGGCAGGGAUCAAGCGUUCCUACAGUUAGUACGGUCGCGUUUUUAAGCCGCACGUCUGCCAGGACGGUGUCCCGGUGCCAGAGGCGGGGGCCCGGCGGUUCCGCAUGCCCGAAGGGGCAGAGAAGCCCGCCCGGCGGUGCCGCCCCCCGGGGCCGGGGGUGCUGGCGGUCGCGGGCGGGCCGUGUGUGGGUGUGUGUGACCGGCGGAAGCAGUUCCCGCCCGUCCGGGUCGGUGCCGGCGGGGCGAUGCCGCUGGUGGUGCUGUGCGGGCGGCCCGGCAGCGGCAAGAGCCGGCGGGCGGCGGAGCUGCGGGCGGCGCUGGGCGGCCCCGACCGGGCCGCGCACGUCGUGUCCGAGGCGGAGGGCGGGCGGGCGGCGCUGCGGGCCGAGGUGGAGCGGCGGCUUAGCCGGCGGGACGUGGUGAUCGUGGACGCGGGCAACGAGCUGCGGAGCAUCCGCUACGAGCUGUACUGCGCGGCGCGGCAGGCGGGCACGGCGCGCUGCCUCCUGCACUGCGCCGGCGGCGGGGGCGGCCCCGACGAGCCGCCCUUCGAGGAGCCCGACCCGGGCUGCCGCUGGGACCGGCCGCUGUUCACGGUGAGCGGGGAGGAGCCGCUGCCGCUGGGCGACAUCCGCGCCGCGCUGUUCGAGAGCGCCCCGCCGCCCCCGCACCGCUCCACCCGCGCCCAGCCCCUGCAGUCCGGGGAGUUCCUGCACCGCCUGGACCGCGUCACCCAGGACGUGCUGGCCGCAGUGAUGGCCGCGCAGAGCGGCGGGGCGCUGCCCGGGGACACGGUCCGCGUCCCCGGCCUGGCCGAGGGGCUGGUGCUGAGCCGGCCCGUGAGCCUGGCCGAGCUGAGCCGGCUGCGCAGGCAGUUCAUCAGCUACACCAAGAUGCAGCCCAGCGAUGAGAACAUGCCCCAGCUGGCCAGCAUGUUCCUGCAGUACCUGAGCCGCAGCAUCCAGUGAACCAGUGGCAGUGGCCGUGGUUGUCGAAGUUCUUGCGACACUAGGAACACGCCUUCCAGACGCAGACCCCGCAGAGCCUGGAUCCCACCUGUCGUGUAUCGGAUAUCUGGCAGCAGCAGCUCUGGGUGCCGUGUUCCUGCAGCAGCCAAGCAGACUAUUUCUGAGAGAAUCUGUAGGGAUACAGUUCCACACACCCCUGAAUUCUCACCGUCAAAAAGGAGAGCAGCUGUUGCAUCCCCAAGCAAGUGAAGUCUCCUGUGGAGACAUAAACCCCAGUAAUACAGUAGUGUCUGAGCAUGAAAGCGCAAAAGGUGAUGACUGUGUGUCUUGAAUAAGAAGAUUGUUUUCCAGGGCUGCCUCCAGAUAAUGUCAAACUGCAGAAGAGACUUCAGGUCCAGAACUAGAACAGGAUGUGACUGUUUCAAAAAAUCUGACUGAACCCAAGAGAGAUUUGCAGCUCUACACUGCAAAAGGGUGCUGGCUUAGCAAACUCAAAAGAGAUUUAACAAUAAAAUGUGUGCCUUAAAUGGACUAAACUCUUAAUUUAUCUGAAGGACUAUUUUAUUGAAAUAACUCGCCGUGUCUUUUCUCUGCAAGGUCAUCAUUAAACACCUUUAAAAACACUAAUUACUUAAGAAUGAGUUAUAGGAAAAACAAGCUAAAAUGACAGUGUCCUUGUUGAAACCCGUAGGUCCAUACCAGCUGGGAUGGGUAGCUUAGUUUUGCAUUUAGUUUCCAAUAAUUUGGGGUUUGCGAUACAAUAGAUACAGUUCAUAUAAACUUCUCACUUUCUGGUGGAUGCUUCAUCCCUCGUUCUCAUAAAUUGUCAUUUUGGUUUAAUUGUAUGUGUAGUGCUCCCUGGGAGGAAAAAGUACAGUCUGACACACCGACUGCUGGGGGAUUUAUGCAUUACAGAACUGAGAAUUGACUACAAAAAUGUUUUGAUGUAAAUAAGUUUAUCUUACCAGUCAAAGUAAAGAGAAUAAAGCUGAGAAAACA